AUGCAACAAGUCAGCAAAUCUCCAAUCCUUGUCAAACCACUACUUUCCAAAGAAACACUAGUCAAAUUGACAGUAUUUGAUAAUUUGGCACCUGCUCUUCCAUUUCACUUUCAAUUUGCAUAUAGAAAUGAAAAAUCGGAACCAAACUUUAUGAAUGCAACUGAACUGAUGAGUGCACUGGAAAAGACUUUAUCUAUCUUUCCAAUAUUCGCCGGCAGAACAGUAAGAAAUAACGAAGGUGAAUGGUUUGUAGAUAUUCGAAACGAAACUUGUGGUGUUCCCUUCACCAUUGCACAAGCCAAUUUUAACCUUGAUGAUUUCGAUAAGGGAGAUUACGACCAAUAUCCUAAAGAUCUAUACACCCAAUGGAAAGGCAUUCAAGAUGCUCCACUUCAAAUUCAAGUUACUUAUUUCAAAUGUGGUGGAGUUUUGUUAGUUUCAGAAUUGUUACAUCAAUUAGGAGAUGGUGAUUCUCAUGCUCAGUUCUUGCAUAGAUGGUCUCAACUAUUCAGGGGUGAAAGUAUUGACAAUAUACGAUAUGAUUGCUUGAAUAGGAAUGAAGUGAUUAAGGUUUCGAAUAAGGAAUCACCAAAGUCAUUUCCAUUCUGGACUCAAAGUGAAGAACAUAUCAAUUAUGAAGAAUUGUAUGCCAAGAUUGGUCAAUGUACUGCCAAGAUGAUUAAAUUCAGUGAAAAAGAACUUCAAGCCAUGAAGAAGGAAGCAAUGUCAUCUAUUGAACUAUCGAAUGCAAACUCAUGGAUUAGUACCAAUGAUGCUCUCUGUUCACACAUGUGGAAACUCAUCACCAAAGCAAGAAACCUUUCGAAUUCUCAAACUUCUUGUCUUUUACAUUCGUGUAAUGUAAGAAAACCAUUGAAUAUCCAAAAAGAUUACUUUGGUUAUCUAGUAAUGAAUGGACAAUCUGAUAGAAUCUCUGUCGAAUCCAUUCUCCACUCCAAUUUAUCCACUCUUGCACCUGUGUCCAGACAUGCAGUCAACCGAACCAUGGACAAACAACAUGUCCAAGAUUUCAUUGAUUGGAUUUCAGUUUCUAAAAAAGUUAGACCAUCAGACAUGCAUGUCCUAUUUGGAACUGAUGUUUUCGCCACCUCAUGGGUUGCAUUCAAUCUAUUCGAUUUGAAAUUCUCAAACGAAAGUCCAAUUUUCGUUGGUGAAAUUCCAACAAUUUUGGAUGGCGUUUUCAAAAUUGUGGAAGGUGUUGAGAAGGGUAGUUUAGUUGUUCAAUUGAGUUUGUGGAGAGAGCACAUGGAAAGGUUGUUGAAAGAUCCUGAAUUGCAUAAAUAUCAAUAA